AUCCACCUCCUUUCCGACGCAAGUGUGCAUAUUUAUUCACGCAACCAGGAGGACAAUACCACCAAGUAUCCGGAUAUUGCAAAAAGCCUGAUGACUAGUGUUCUGAGUGAGGCUAAAGUCAACGAAACUGCCUGCCAGCUUCUGCGGGAAUUAGGAGCAGACGCGUCGUCGUCGGACGCAUCCGUAACCUCCUUCAUUCUUGACUCCGAGGCUGUGGCCUGGGAUCGCGAAGCCGGCCAAAUUCUGCCAUUCCAAGUUCUGAGCACGCGAAAGCGAAAGGAUGUCCAAGAAGAGGAUGUCAAGGUUCAGGUUUGCAUCUACGCGUUCGAUUUGCUCUACCUGAAUGGCGUGUCCCUCACCGAACAACCUUUCCGACGGAGGAGAGAGCUUCUACACCAUGUCUUUCCAACAAUUCCUGGCAAGUUCAUGUUUGCCACCGCGUUAGACACAUCGGACACCGAGGAAAUCGCUCGUUUCAUGGACGAGUCCGUCAAAGGCAACUGUGAGGGUCUGAUGGUCAAAACCCUGGAAGUCGGCGCGACCUACGAAAUUGCCAAACGGUCCCAUAACUGGCUGAAGGUUCGAAUCCCUUUUUUAAACAGUUUUAGGUAUCUCGUCGUCAUUGGCGGUUUCCAUGGAAGCGGAAAACGCACAGGCAAAUAUGGUGGGUUCCUUCUGGCCUGCUAUCAUCCUGACACCGAGGAAUAUCAAACAAUUUGCAAAAUCGGGACCGGACUUAAAGACGAGGAUCUAGCGGAUCACUCUACUUUUUUCAAGGAUCACAUAAUCCCUGCUCCAAAGCCUUACUAUGUGUAUACUAAGAGUCUCGUUCCGGAUCAUUGGUUCGAACCAGUUCAGGUCUGGGAAAUCAAGGCGGCUGACAUCAGCAUCUCUCCAGCCCACAAGGCUGCAGCUGGAAUGGCCGAUCCUGAGAAGGGACUGUCUCUGCGAUUCCCUCGAUUUCUCCGUAUUCGUGAGGACAAAAAACCCGAGGACGCCACCACUGCGGUUCAGGUCUAUGAAAUGUACUGCAAUCAGGAUCAGAUAAAGAAUGCUGAGAAGCCAGAUCUCAACGAGGAAGAUUUUUACUAA